AUAAUUUAUAAUUUGAACUGUAAACCAAACAUCUUACAAAGAUACGUGUCAUUUAUCAAAAAUAAAAUUAAACAGAGUAUUAAUUGGUACGACGUAACUGAUAUGAAUAUUUCAAUAGAAAAGAAAAAAUCUGAUUGUGAUGCUUUGCCUAAAGGUUGGCAAAGAGAAGAAGUUGUGAGAAAAACCGGGCUUUCGGCUGGAAAAGUUGAUGUUUAUUACUAUAGUCCAACAGGUAAAAAGUGUCGCAGUAAAUCCGAGCUAGUACGUUAUCUUGGUGAUAGUGUGAACUUGUCAUAUUUUGACUAUCAACAAGGUCAACUAAACACAAUGCUCCUAUGCAAGGUCAAGAAGCAAGCUCGGGCGCAGUAUGAAUACAACAGGGGUUUUCGUUCAGAUGCCUCACUUGUGCCUCCUAUAAGACAGACAGCAUCUAUAUUUAAACAACCAGUAACUGUCUACAAAACACAGGAGAGCAAAGUCAAGACUGAUCUGAAACAAGGAACACAAGAAAAACCGAAGCAAUUAUUCUGGGAAAAACGUCUCGAAGGCUUAACUGCAUGUGAUGCCAAUGGUGUAAUAGGAACCACCUCACUGCCAAAGUACAUAAAACCCUUAGGCCCGUACACAUCAGAUGCAACAACAAUACAAUCACUCGCUACAGCCUUACAUGUGUCAUCUCAACCAAUUACAGGACAAACGGGAUCCAAACAAACUAUCAUGGAGAAUCCAGGGGUUUUUUUAAAUCCAGAGCAGCCGUUGAUAGCGGCUGUGACUAUAACGAAGGAUGAUCUGCGUCGCCAGGAGGAGAGAGUGGAGAGGGCUCGGCUGAGACUGCAGGAAGCCUUGGCCACCGCAUAGGAACACGUCGGCGACGGAGACCAACUCUUCGCCGCCGACCAAACAGAUCCCGAGCACAUGCUGCCCGACUCAACAGCAGAUUCACCGAGACCUUCCAUAUCUGAAUGUGUCGUCGAUAGCACCAACUAAACUCAAACUAUUAAACUGAAAAUUACAAUAAGUUAUUUCAUAAUAGAUUUUAAUGAUUAGAAUUAUAAUACAAUUAACUUAUUUGUAAUUUUAAACCCAUUAUCCAAUGGUCAUUUGUAUUAUCAUGUAUUUGUUGUUAAGAUAAUAUAAGAUAUCAAGGUAAUGUAAAAUUUAGCUACAAAUUUUAAAUCAGGUUAGCAUUGAAAGUGAUCAUAAUUAAAAUAAUAUUUAGUACUAUUUGGUUUACAUAAGAGACGAUCUAAAAUCUAACUAAUCAUCAGUAUUGGGGUACAGAGUAAAUGUAUUUUACCAUCACCAAGCACUUGAAUAUCCCCAUAAUGUUCUUGCUAUGGAAAUAUUAGUACUAAGAAAAAAUUAUCAUUUCGUAUUCAAUAAAGAAUUAAUUCGUAUUUUCUGUAA